AGAAAACCAAUGUGGUGCCUAUCUUCAAGAAAGGGAGGAAAGUGGAUCUCACAAACUACAGGCCCAUCAGCCUGACCUCUAUCCCGGGGAAGAUCUUAGAAAAGUUUAUUAAAGAGGCCAUCCUUAAUGGACUGACCGAUGCCGACAUCCUGAGGGAUAGUCAGCACGGGUUUGUAGCAGGUAGAUCUUGCUUGACCAAUCUCAUUUCCUUUUAUGACCAAGUGACCUAUCACCUGGACAAGGGAGAAGAGAUUGAUGUCAUAUAUCUUGACUUCAAAAAAGCCUUCGAUUUGGUAUCCUAUGAUGACCUCUUGGCGAAACUAGCCAAUUGUGGCCUUGGGCCCACCACAAUCUGCUGGCUGGGAAAUUGCUCCAUGGUUGGACCCAGAGGGUGAUAAUUGAUGGAAGUCAAUUGUCAUGGUGCCCUGUGACCAGUGGGGUCCCCCAAGGCUCUGUUUUUAGACCCAUAUUGUUUAACAUCUUCAUUAAUGAUGUGGACAUUGGAGUCAGAAAUGGACUGGCCAAGUUCGCCGAUGACACCAAACUUUGGCGCAAAGUAUCCACACCUGAAGUCAGGAGGGCAAUCCAGGCUGAUCUGGACAGGCUCAGCAAAUGGGCGGACGAGAACCUGAUGGUGUUUAAUACUGAAAAAUGCAAGGUUCUCCAUCUGGGAGGAAAAACCUGCAGCACCCUUAUAGGCCCGGCAGUGCUACACUGGCUAGCACUAUGGAAGAAACAGACUUGGGGGUCAUCACUGACCACAAGAUGAACAUGAGCCUGCAAUGCGAUACUGAGGCUAGUAAAGCAACCAAAACACUGGCUUGCAUCCGUAGAUGCUUCUCAAGCAAAUCCAGAGACGUCAUUCUCCCCUUGUAUUCGGCCUUAGUGAGGUCGCAGCUGGAGUACUGAAUCCAGUUUUGGGCCCCACAAUUCAAAAAGGAUGUGGAAAAGCUUGAGAGAGUCCAGAAAAGAGCCAAUCUCAUGAUCAGAGGUCAGGAAGACCGACCUUACGAUGACAGGCUGAGAUCUAUGAGGCUCUUUAACCUGGAAAAGCAUAGGCUCAGGGGUGAUCUGAUGGCCACCUACAAGUUUAUUAGGGGUGACCACUAGUACCUGGGAGAACAUUUGUUCACCAGAGCGCCCCAAGGGAUGACAAAGUCGAAUGGUUAUAAACUACUGCAAGACCAUUUCAGGCUGGAUAUAAGGAAGAAUUUCUUUACUGUCUGAGCCCCCAAGGUCUGGAAUAGCCUGCCAUUGGAGGUGGUUCAAGCACCUACAUUGAACACCUUCAAGAGAAAUUUGGAUGCUUAUCUUGCUGGGAUCCUAUGACCCCAGCUGACUUCCUGCCCUUCGGGCAGGGGGCUGGACUCGAUGAUCUUCCGAGGUCCCUUCCAGCCCUAAUGUCUAUGAAAACUAUGAAAUCUAUGACCCAGAGGGCACCACAGGUACAGAGGGAAGCACCGGGUCCUUGCACAGCUCAAGCAGGCAGGCAGGCUCCAGGGAGAAAAAAAAAAUCAGGCUCGCCAGUUUUUUGUUUUUUUUCCUUCAGUGGAACCUGCCUGGAUAAGCUGCUGCUAGGCUGCCUGCAUGGGCUACCUGCACAGCCCCUGAGAUGCAUGGAGCCCAGUGCUUCCUUCUGCAGCAAACUAAACCACCUCAGAGAUAUUUUAUUUUGCUGUGUCCCAAAGUCAUUUAAUGCGCGUUACACUGCCAACAUGUGCAAACAGCUCACCAUUAAAACGCAUUAUGCCACCAACACGUGCAAACAGCUACAACAGGGCAUUAAGUCAUUUUAAAGGCCAAUUUUGUGGCAUGUAAAAAUGGCCCUUGAUGUCAGCUGGGCUGUCUGGGUAUAACGUAGGGCAGAGAGCAGUUCUGAGGUUUUACAAAAGAAGGCUUUUUGAAUGAAUGGGCCAAUGAUUUUCUUUGGGAAUAUUCUGUCAUGUAAUCAGGCAUCUUUAUUCUUUUUCUAAGUGGCUUUUGAAACGCUUAUAAACAACCCAAGUCCCAUUGGAUAUCUCACACCGGAGGAGAAAAAGUACGCAAGUAAUGUAUUCAAUAGGACUUACACUCAGACCAUUUAAGGAAAAAAAUGUGUUUUCCCUGCAACAUACUUAAAUGUUUACUAUAAAUGCACCCUGAGCUAAAACCCUUCUACUGUACAUGAACUCUAGCAUGGGCACAUUUAUUGUUCCUCACAGAAGAUGGGAAGGGGCAGAGGAGCAAAGCCAAGUAAACAAAGCAGCCCCUGGAGGCACACAUUACAUUCUCAAUCCUACUAGAAACUUCUGUUAUCAGUUGAUCAAUGCCUAUCCAUACGUGGGUCCUACUCCAGGCAUUUGUACUCAUGCAUUUCAGGGUAGAAUUUAGCCAUUGGUCUUUUGGUCAGCUUGAAUGGAAACUAACUGUCCUUCCAGAGCCUGGGUCACACUGCUGAUGCCUGCUCUCCCCUCUCCGACAGAUGCGCAGAAGGAGUCUUUCCCCGUAACCUGAAUCCUCUGACAGCAACCAGUUGCAGUUAUAAUUCAUAAAUACACCUGAGCACACAAAUAAUCUCCAUCUACAAUUGCAAGUGGGGACAAGAAGGGGCAUGGCCCUAUACCCAUGCCACUGUUGCUGAUGUGCACAUAUCCACUGUGUGCACCAGGGGGAGUCUGUGAGGCAAACAGGACCCUCAGAGAGAGCUUAGAUCUGCACUGUAAGAAGUUUAGGCCUGUCUGUACUGAAUGUACAUGGAAUUUGUAACCUGUCACAAAGUGUUAACAAUAAAAUCCACCUGGAUAUGCAAAGAAAAACAUUUGACACUACGGGCUGUACUUUCUAUCCUGACUGAGGCCCUGUCGAGAAGGGAGGUGCAGGGAGCUGGAUGCAGUGCCCUGAUCUCUGCUGCCCCGGUCCUGGUGUGCAUCAAAGCUGCAGCAGGCAGCUCGAAUUGGUUAUGCUGACAUACAGUCCUUCACUGACUUUGCAUCUGUGACAGAAAUCAAGUCCAUCAAUCUGUUCCCAGUCCUUGAUAUGCCUGCUUAUAUCGGGGUUAAUAGGCAUGGCUGGAACAGGAGAUGUCCACAUCUUUGCCAGAACACCCCAUGGGCAGGGAGAAUUUCUGUGGGCUAUAUACCUGGUCAAUUUAAAUCCACUUUGCUCUGCUGAGAGGUGUUAAGUGGAUUUAAUAGACCGAAGAAUCAGAAUCCCAUAUCCUUAUGAAAUAGUAGAAGUGUUUGUAUAUAUCCUGAACAAGGCAUUUGUCAUCAUUUCCAGAAUACACAUCAAAUAAGAUUACACAAUGGCUAGUGAUGCUUUACUUCACUACCGCUGAUAUAUAUUUGAAUACAGAAAUGAGUUUAGUGCAGGGGAGGGUGGGAGUUUUAGACAAGCUGUGAGCCAUCAUCAAAGGUUGCCUCUGUAAACAAAGCCCUUUCCUUUUCAGUGUGGGGAUCAAGCUGUACAGCUUCAAAAGAACGUCAAACGCAGCCUGCAAACUGGGUGUAGAAUGGAUAAAAGAAUCCUUCUUUAAAACAGAGAGUUAGCUUCAACUAAUAAAAGAAAUCUAAAAAUGUCCAUUGUCAUAGCUUUAUACUAACACUGUCUGCCUUGGCAAGCUUUAAAUACUGGGCUGUGCCAUAAAACCUAAAUAUGUCCUGGACUUGAAGUUGUUUACACAAAAUAUGAGCAGAGAUAAAGUUACAGAGCUGGGGGUUGGAAGAGAUGGCUUUAAAGCCAUCCUCCGGGUACUGACGUCACAUAGAAACCAGCUGCUGGGAUGAUGCUAAACGGAACUGUUUUUCAGUUUGUGAAAGUUGUGGAGUUAAUCAAACAGAGUUGCAAAUGCUGUCCCAGAUAAAGUGUUUCCAUCUCUCCCCUGGUUUUCUUGUUUCUUUUAAAGAUUGAGAUUUGCAGAACUGGAACUCUUUAUCCCAGCUAGCUAUGCAUUUCACCGCUUUCACUGCUACAUUCGAAAUGGACUGAAAAACUUCCAAAGGACUUCUUAAUUCACAAAAGGGAGAAAAGAGUUAAAAGAUAAGAAUCAAAGGCCUUUGAGGAACUUAAUCACCAUAGCCCCAGCAACAGCAGUAACAGCAAAAUUAUAUGGUGAUCCAGUCAUUCAAGAAAACUCUAGAAUCAAAGGCAUAUAGGACUUCUUCUGAUUAAGUUUGCUCCUAACUUCCAAGAAAUAUUCAGGAAAGAAAGAGGAGCAGAAACAUCUUUUAGCUGAUCCUCAGACUGCAGCAAUGGACCUACGUAAACAACUGGAGAAUACUGAGAGAAACUGGAAUAAAGAGAAGAUGGAACUGCUGGAGAGAUUUGACAAUGAAAGAAAGGAAUGGGAAUGCCAAUGGAAGGUCAUGCAGAUGAAGAUAGAAGAGCUUUACCAGGAGGUAAAACUUAGGAGGGAGAACAAUAUGAAUGCCCAUGAUAACAAGGCCAUUCAUAGCAAGAUGCUGCAGCUGUCAGUAUAUUCUCCUGCUUCAGAACAGAAUGACACAGCAGAACUGAACCAUGAACACAAAGCAAAUGACAGGAUGGAAGGAGAGAGUUCACUCAGUAAAACAGGAGAAGAGUGGAAAGACACUAGAACCAAGAAGAAAAACAGUGCUUUAGUAAGGGACAAUCUGACCUUUGAGGACCCUGAGGAAUCUGAAGUCUGUCUGAGCCUGAAAACUCCUAAGGAUGCCAAGAUUUCUACCAGUGAUCUCAAUGUAGCUCUUAAAGAACUCGCUAAAGUCAGUGAAGAAUUAUGCAGCUAUCAAGAGGAAAUUCGAAAGAAGUCCAACCACAGAAGAAUUAAGUCACUUUCUUUUCUGGGAGAAUCUGAAGAAAUGCAAAACACAGUAAGUAUGCCUGAAAGGAACCAUGUGUUCAGCAAUGAACCUCAAAUGGCUUCACUACCUUUUGAAACAGAGGAACAAAAUAACAGGAAGAAUCUGAUGAGCUCCAACAGGAGUGUGAGCUCCAGUAGUACUCUUACUGGCAGUGGAGGAAUAGACUUCAUGCCCUGUCAAAGGAAAGAAGCCCCACCUGUCCCUCCACGAAGCACUUCUCGGCAUCUGACCAACUCGCUGUCUGCAAUUGUACAAGUUUCCGAAGUACCAACGAAAGAUUCAGGCAAAAGAAGUAACGGGAGACUUCAGGAGUGCAGGAGUGAAAAAAACAUCAUUAAAACUUGUGCAAAACAGAAUGACACUCCAGGGGCAUGUGUAGAUGAAGGAAAGUCUGUGAAAGGCCCCACACUGGUGACUGCUUCAGUAGAUGUAGCCAAUAAAGAGAGAGUCUCUGAUUGCAAUCGACUGAUAAGCUUUUGUCACAAGACGUGGGGAUGUGAUGUGGGCAAGUUUGGAAAAAGUACUAAGAAUGGGUCUUCCCCAUUGUCAGCCCAGAAAAGCUGUUCAGAUAGCAAUAUGGUGCCAAGUGAGAAAACACACCAGAGAUACUAUCCUACACCUCAACAUGGUCUGCAGCACAGUAGUGACUUUUAUGCUCCUACAACAUUGCACGAUGACCAUAUAGGAAACUCUGGAUAUAGUCUUGAUAAGACCCAAAGAAAUGAGACAUUGGCAGCAAAGAUUGAUGAGUUUAAUAGGACUGUAUUUCAUACAGAUAAAUGCAACAUUUCUUUUCAGGAAAAUACAAAGCUUCAAGCACUAUCGUCAGAAAAUCAGAAACCUGGUAGCCCACAGUGUGAUUCUGUUGUUAACAGAACAGAAACUGUAAAUCCAGCUUGUGACUCAAAUCCCAGGCUCACCACAGCAAAGGAGAAGGAAUACUUCAAUCCCAACAAAACAGUCAAAACAACAGGGCGAGAGAAGCAAAUAAAUGGACUUCCAAGCAGCAGUGGCUAUCGGCACAUGUUUCAUGAGCAUGACUGGAGGCCAAGUAAUUUAUCUGGUCGUCCUCGUUCAGCUGACUCAAGGUCAAACUAUGGUGUUGUUGAAAAGCUGUUGAAAAACUAUGAAAAAUCAACAGUGACUUCUCUGUGUGAGACAAAAGGCUGCAAAGAUAAGUGGACACAGUCAGAAUCUGAGUGUACAGAGCGGGGAUUAAACCAGUAUUUAGAAACACUCCAGACAGAGCAAGGAAAGCAAGAGCUUCAGAAGAAUUCAUCCAGGCAUAUCAGACAGCAGAUCAAACAAGGGAAAGAGAGACAGAAAUUACCAGAGAUAUCUGUGCCAGCUAAAUAUUCAUCUGGAAAAGGCUUCUCUCGGCCAGCUCGACCAGCAAACCGACGCUUACCUUCUAGAUGGGCGUCCAGAUCACCAUCAGCACCACCUGCUGUGAGAAGGACUGCGUACAAUUAUUCUGUCUCACUUCGGUUAGAGAACUCAGUAGUCUGAACUCAAGGAUGAAUUAAGUGGUGACAUGAAAGCUCCAUGCCUCAUUAUAGCUGUGUGUUCUGUAUUUGUUAUAGCAACCAGUUCUACACUGUUGUAUAUUGUCCAAAAGUAACCCUGUCACUUGACUUGAUGGACAAAGCAUUUGGAAUCUUAGAUCAUCAUCACAGUCUUCAGUGUUUUUAUUGAUGAAAUAACUAUGACCCCAAUUUUCUUCUGUUUUUCUUCUAGGGCAUGAUGAAUUUCUUUUGAAUGACAUCCUUCUUGUUUUGCCAAUAUAUUUAAGUUGACACAAUGUAUAGUGCUGUAUAUUCUGACUUUUCUGCAAACAGCAGAAUGUAAAGCUGUAUGCAUGAUCAUGUGUUUGUAGGUGCAUGUGUUGGAAUAGGAAGUAAACAGGUCUGUAUUUAGAAGAGACAGACUAUGUGCUAGUGUUGACAUUGACAUUACAACAUAUAUGUCUAUAUAUACUUUGUGUUUAUUUUCAAAGUUUGAAAAUAUACAGUCCUAACAACA